CUUCAACUGACCUCUUCUCCUCAUAUCAUUUCCUCUUAAAAUUCUAUCCAACUUUUUCACAAUAUAAUAGCAAUGGCAGCUAAAAGAUUCUUUCAUGACUCUGCUGAUCCUGACUCCAACCAACCAAAUUACAAACGCAUAAGAAAAAUACCUUCGUUUGCUUCUGUGAUUAAAGAAGUGGUGAUGGUGAAUUUCUUAGAUAGCUUCUGUUCAGCCUUGGAACCCAUGCUCCGAAGAGUGGUUCAUGAAGAGGUAGAAAGUGGACUAGGACGAUGUUCUCGAUCAAUAGGAAGAUCACCUUCACUGAGAAUCAAAGCUCUUGAACCAUCAAACCUACGUUUGAUAUUCAACAAAAAACUCUCUCUACCAAUUUUCACAAACAGCAAGAUUGUGGAUUCAGAUGGCCAGUACCCUCUCCAACUCCUCCUGGUGGACGCAACCGGUGAUUGCCUUGUUCCGACAACCUUAGCUACACCGAUUAAAAUAGAGAUAGUGGUGCUGGACGGAGACUUUCCUAGUGGAGAAAGUUGGACACAUGAAGAGUUCAAUAAGAAUAUAGUUAAGGAAAGGGAUGGAAAAAGACCAUUGGUUACUGGUGAACUUAAUAUUACUAUGAGAGAUGGUGUUGCUUCCCUUGGUGAUCUUGAAUUUACUGACAAUUCUAGUUGGAUUCGUAGCCGGAGAUUUCGUCUUGGUGCAAAAGCGGUUCACAUGGGAAAUGGUCAAAAUACGAUACGAAUAAUGGAAGCCAUGACUGAUUCUUUUAUGGUUAAAGACCACCGCGGAGAAUUGUAUAAGAAGCAUUAUCCACCAGCAUUGGGAGACGAUGUGUGGCGUCUUGAAAAAAUUGGAAAAGAUGGAACUUUUCACAAGAAGCUAACUUCACAAGGCAUCAAGACGGUACAAGAUUUUCUCAAGUUGGCCAAUAUUGACCCACAAAAGAUAAGAAGGAUACUGGGAAAUGGAAUGUCGGAGAAAAUGUGGGAAGUAACCUAUAGACAUGCAAAAACUUGUGAAAUGGGCACUAAAUCAUACAUAGCUAGAGGACCAAACUACACUCUCAUCCUCAAUCCAAUAUGUCAAGUUAUUAAAGCAAUUAUUAAUGGGCAAAUUUGCCAUAGUAGAGAGUUAAGAGGAAUCCAAAGCUCCUAUAUUGAGAAUUUGGUGAGGAACGCCUUCACAAAUUGGAGUUCUUUAGAAGAAGUUGAUGGUGGCCUGCAGGUCAAUGAACCUGCAGCUCUACUCACUCAAGGAGAACGAGAGGUGCAUCAUCUAAAUGCCUAUCCUAGGAGUGCACUUUUGACUGCAGCAGUUGGAUCUGAGCAAGCAGUUGAGUACUGUACUGAUUGGAUUGUUAACCAAGCACACAUUUGCUUGCCUAUUGAAAAUGGUGUUCGUUAUAUCUCAGAAUCUUCUUCUGAAGAGGAAUUACAUUACUUAUGAACUUUUAAUUAAGGAAAACAGAAGAUUGAGAGAAAGGGAAUCGAAGGAUGAAUUUUACAAUCACGUUGAUCUUGGACUUGGAUGAAAUGAUAUAAACAGUGAAAAUUCAUAUAACACAAAUUAAUUUGUUUAAUAUUGAAGGGUAAUUGCUUGUUUGAUGUACAUAAACAAAUUAUGUAACCCAAUCCACAAAACGAGGGGCCAAAAAUGUAAUAGUUGUGCCGCCUCUUUGUGAAAAGAUGUGUGGUUUGCAAUAUCAAAGUUUGUUCUUUGUUCUUUUUAUAAAAUCUCGAUUGUUGAUCCCCCUACUUGUUUUAUUUGAAUAACAAGAUAAACUAUUCACUGAAGUAUGUUGUAAUUAUUUAAAAUUUAUUGU